AUGUCCCUACGGAAUACUCUUGGCGGCGCAUCCAGCUGGGCGCGGUGUUCGCUGUCAUAUGGCGUUAUUUGGGCUAAAAUGGCGGACUUUGGCUCAACUUGGCGGGACUUGGCGAAUGCAAUGAAACCAUACUCUUUACUCUACGAAACAUGUCGCCGAACGAAUUGGCACAGUUACCGUCGAAAAGUCGACAUUUACAGGUUAUGCAUGCGAGUCGGCGCCAGGAUGAAUCGAGAAAGAUCUGGCGAAGAGAACCAGACGAAAGAAGAUCUUCACUGGUUUGGUCUCUUGCGCCUGAUGGCGACUUUCUCCAGUUUCGAUGUCGUGCAACCGACGAGUCUUGCUAUAUAA